AUGAGCAGCAGCGGUAUGCAUUCGGGAUUAUUUACACUACACUUCACGCCCAUAUGCACUGCGGGUGAGGAAAAGGCCACGACGUCAGGCAGCAUGUCGCCUUCUACACAAAACUCCGCGGAGUUUGGCGACUGGCAUAUUCUUUUGCGUUUUGCCGUUGAAAAUGAGGUGCUUUCGGUACGGCCGCGGGGGAAAAUAUUCGUGAUGGAGAGUGAGUGUGGUACUAGCGGCGGUAGCGAGGAACCCGUUGCAAUCCCUGGAUUGGGCCGUGUGCCACGACCUGUGAAGGACAGGCAUGCCACCGUGUUGAUGCGCUGUCAUUGCCACUGGCAGUAUAGCGAGGCCUUCCGCUUUGACGUUUGUUUCGAUCAGCUUGAUGGGGCAAUCGUGGGUGUCAAGGGGAGGACACUAAAUGACGUGAUCAUUAGCUGUGAAGGCAGCCAGGCGUACGGAUGGUACAUUGGCGAGGCAACCGUAACCGUCGAGGGGAAACCUUUUACUUUACCACAUCGUCUGCGGUUUGUUUUGGAUCCUUACGUGGGGGCCCAGUGUACAAUGUGCUUAGACCCUGUCUACGCACAGGGUUACACGUGCACGGAGUGUGGGGCGGUGGAGUACUGUUCAAAAAAUUGUCAGAUGGCACAUAUGAGUGGUCAGCACGGUCUGCUAUGCUCAAUUCUUCGUCGUACAUAUACGCAGCGCUCAGGGAAAGUUUUGACGGAGACGGAAAAGGGCACGGAGCUGGUAGCGUGGUGGCGCUGCUUGGAGGAUGCGUGCUACUCCAUUCUUGUCGAUUUUCACAAUUCCCUUGGACAACCCAUUGAGUUCUUCCUUUGCACGUUGAAAUCGGCACAGGAGGAGGGGCUUCGCUAUCGUUUUAUUGUGAAGGAGGGUACUUCCCCAAGAGAGGUGACACAUGAGGAACUGGCUGAGUUUGCAUGCACCGUCUUUCGUGCUGUUAGUGAGAAUUCCAUCAGUGAGGGGUGCACAUCACUGGCCGCUGCGUGUCUGAAUUACAUCUUUGUUUUCAGCCGACACAUCGAGUCCAUAGUGGAGUCGCAUGUCCUCUAUUACUACAGCUACCUCUGUGAGGACUUUGAGGGAACCAUAUGUUCCGUCGAGGAGUAUGUGACGUACGCCCGGCCUAUGCACGAGCUCGGUGUGGCGCUUAUCGAGUUUGCCCUCAAGAGCCCCACUGCCCUGUUGUUUUGGCAACGCGUCAAGUUGGCCAAGAACGUCUUCAUCAACCUGUACAACGUCAACACGAGUUGUCACUGCUCCAAAAUCAAGGAGCUGGUGAAGGCCAUACCAGGACAGCAGCGGGAGACGCUGAACUUGCUGUCGAGGGUUUUUCUCAUCAUGGCGUCGCGGGCCCCGAAGAAGGAGGGGCUCCGUCUCCUGGAGCAGGCGGAGAAGUGCCUGCGGGACUGCCUCCCGACGGAGCAGGACACAGACGACGAAGCCAUGGACGCGGCCGAAAGUCAGCACAACCACAGAUCCGGGGGGUUUGACGAACUCGAUGAGAAUUUGGAGGAGAUGGAGCCGUCGUCUCUUGCCAUGCUGUACUUUCGCCUUGCCACCCUGUUGCUCCUUUACGGCGACACGAAUAAAACACGCGAGGCGGAAGCGCUCAAGGCUCAGGGCGACGCACUGAUUGCAAAGGCAAAAGCAGCAUCAGCGGUCAAGGGGGCGGCAACAUGA